AUGGCCACUCUCACAACAUCGAGUUUGCCCACACGGCGGCCCUCACCGGAACACGAUACGCUAGAAGAGGCACCAGAAGCCUUGUUGGCACCGUCACGACGACGACAGCAGCAGCAGCAAUACAGGCAUAGCAGUAGUAUUGUGUUACCAUCCUAUUUGAAUCAAAAUAAUCGAGGAAGCAGUCAAGGAAGCAGCAACAGCACGGUGAGCAGCGCUUCUUCGGAUCUUCAAUUGAUGCUCAUGAUGGACCCCUAUGGGUUGAUGACCUUGCCGCAACCCACCAAGCUACUUUCGUCCAACAGCACGGCACAGACGCAUGGUAUGGAAACCGAGGAGGAGGACGAUGAGGCAUCUGAAUUUCCAAGCAUUAUGGGAAACACUUCCAACAGUACUACGGGUACCAUGGAAGAGGAAGAAUUCUUCUUUGAUCCGUAUACGACCAAUACUCUUGCCAGUAGCAGUGGCGAUGCGGACGAUGGUCAUGACAUCAUGGAGGCGAAGGAUCUCCUGUAUUAUUCCAUGAAUUCAGCACAAACAACAUUAGCUCUCACCAAUCCAAGUAGUAUGGAUGCUACCAGCAGUUGCUGCAAUAACAGUUGCAGCGCUUCUACGACAACUACCACUCGAAAGGAACAAGCUGCUCAAGACGCCUCAUUCUAUCUCCAAGAAGAAUUCUUUGAUUCCUCCUCGGAACUAUCUUCCGAAGGAGAAGCGGAGCUUGCAGCACCAGUGUUGUUUGCCAAGGAAGAUGAAACGGCUGUUCGGAUGGAUGUAGCGGCCAAGGAUAUUCCCUUUUAUUUACAAGAAACGGCUUCCGAGGCUUCUUCCGACGACCUGCUUCCAGCACCAGUAUUAUUGUUUGCCAAGGAAGACGAAACGGCGGUCCGCAUGGACGUUGCGGCCAAGGACAUCUCUUUCUAUCUACAAGAAACGGCUUCCGACGCUUCUUCGUCUGCUGCUGAGGACCUCCCAGAACCAGCCUUGUUUGCCAAGGAAGAUGAGACUGCUGCUCGAAUGGAAACCGCAGCCAAAGAUGUCACGUUUUAUCUGCAAGAAGAGUUUCACGAUGCCCAAGAAGAAGACAUUAUCAUCAUGUCUCCUUUGGAAGAAGAAGAACAACAAUUUCAAGAUUGUCAAGAUGAUGACUCAGUGGACCAUGAAUCAUCCACCUCGUCCAUUACAACACGACCAAGCUCUCCUAGUCUUCAAGAAGACUCAAAAGAAGGGUCUUUUACCGACGUUUCCUUUUAUCUCCAACAAGUCCAAGAAGAUGAUGACACCAAGAAUAUUGUCGACCUUGAAGGAGAAGCAUGUCCCAGUGCUGUGCCAGACAAGAUUGCUUCCUUUUCCAAACGAAUUGAUAUGGAUGGGGCCAUUCGACACAAGACAGUCUUUCACAAGGAACAUGAUGAAAUGGUCGAAGAGCUACAUUCCCUUGACUCUGGUUCGGAAUCGUCCAGGACUGAACAGGACGAACAAGAUAAUGGUAUUGCAACAGCAGCAGCAACAGCAGCACCCGUGCAUGCUCCCGAAACUGCUCCAGUCUCCAUAAUAAACAAGUCAUCGUCGUCGUCAUCUGCUACUGCUACGACAAGGACUGUCACUUCAGUUGCCUUGUUUUCCGAAACACGAAAACAGAAUUCGAGUCAACGGGUCGACAUGGCAGGAGUACUGCAACCGACGCAAAUCUAUGGUCCCAUUUUGUCAAAGGCUGCAUCAUCAUCAUCAUCCAAUAAUAAGGAUACUACUACUAUUACAUCCAGCAGAACGAGCAGUGAACAAGAAAAACAAGAGGAAACAGCAGCAUUCGAACCCGAGACAUUGGCCUCCACAUUGAAAAAGGAAUAUGACGAGCACAGUACGGCACGAAAUACUCACUCCACCACUACAGAGCAAGUGGGCUGUGGUUGUGGCUGGAGCUUGUUCUCAAUAUUCCGAAGCAGAAGAUAA